AUGGUAACGACACGGAAUAAAGCAAUUGCUGAAUUCAUACCGUUCUCAAUAGUUCAUGUUCACAUGCUUGAACCUUUUUGCAGAAAGGCAUUUGGCUCUGUCGGCUGUUGUCCUCCAAACUUGAUAGAAUUAUCGGAACGUAUCGUUGGAAAAUGUGGAGGUCUUCCUCUAGCAAUUGCUGCGAUAGCUGAAGGCUUUGUCCAAUGCAACAACGACCUUCCAUCUGAGUAUGUUGCACAAGAAUACUUGAAAGAACUUAUUGAUAGAAGCUUGGUUCAAGAUUCAGAGAGAAAAGCUUCUGGACGAGCUAAAAGUUGUAGAGUUCAUGAUUUGAUGUACGAGACCAUUCGUAGAAAGACGAAGGAAUGUGAUUUUUUUCGGUUCUUUGAUGAAAAAGACUUGAGUCACCUUAGUAAAACUCGGCAUAUUUCAGUACACAAAUGCGCUAAUGGUGUUUUAGAGAGCAUAAAAAAUUCAAAGAUCCGUUCCAUUUGUCUUUUCAAUGUCGACGAAUUGCCCGGGACUUUCACGACUGCAUUUGUUGCUGAUUUCAAGCUUUUAAAGAUACUUGAUUUUGAAAAUGCCCCUUUGGAUUGUCUUCCUGAUGGAGUGGGAAAGCUCUUCCAUUUGCACUACUUGAGUUUGAGAAAUACAAAAGUUAAAGAACUUCCCAAGUCCGUAGGCGUGCUUCUCAACUUAGAGACUCUUGAUUUGAAGUGGACUUUUGUGAAUGAGCUCCCGGUUGAGAUCAAGAAUUUGAAAAAAUUGCGUUUUCUAAUUACACGAUGCUUGGACAACAAAGGUCCUUACGGAGAAACAGCAAAAAUACAAGAAGGUUUUGGGGUUUUAACAGAGUUGCAGCAGCUACGGUAUGUGCAUGGAAACACUGAAGUACUUGAAGAGCUUAAGAAACUGAGGCAGAUGAGAAAGUUGGGCAUUAGGGUCGCAAAUAGAGAUGUGAAGGAUUUGUUUGUUAUUGUACAGAAUAUGAAAAACCUUGAAGGUUUGACUGUAACAGCAUUUUCAAGUGGAGAAGAGCCUCUUGAUAUACAAUCCUUGGCUUCUCCUCCUUUAUGUCUUGAGCGAUUUAGUUUGGGAGGGAUGUUUAUUGAAAUUCUACCAGUUUGGAUUUCUAAACUUCAAAACCUAACCAGAUUAAAUUUGGAUUUGAAAGGUUCAACCAAUGAUUCCAUGACAAUCCUUCAAGCUUUGCCCAAUUUAUUGGUGCUUAUGCUCUUUGUGCACGACUGUGAUGAACAAUUGCAUUUCAAAGAAGGUUGGUUUCCAAAGCUCCAAAGCUUGUAUCUCUACAACUUCAGAGGACUGAAAUGCAUGAUGAUAGAGAAAGGUACAAUGUCUAGUCUUACAUUCUUGUUGAUUGGACCAUGCCCAUUGUUGAAGGAGAUUCCAACUGGAAUUGAGCAUCUCAAUAACCUAAAGAGACUUGUAUUUUGUAUGAUAUUGAAGGAGGUUUAUUGUAUGAUAAAAAAUGAGAACUGGGAGAAUGUCACUAAACACAUUCCACAAAUACGUGUCAGCUAUAAACAAACAUCUAGAGGAUGCUUUGGUUAUACUAGUAAAUAUCUAUCAUCUCUUUCGGUGGAGAAUUUUAAGGAUCUUAUUAAAGAAAUUGAGGCUAGUAACGAGUAG